UUUUGAAAUGACUGACCGGAUGUUUUUGACCACAACUCCAGCUAGCUCGACAGCGUCGCAGUCAUUUGUGUAUUUCGAGGAAGUCCAUUGAUGAUGCUGGUGCGAAGAUAGGUUGUGGAUAAAAGUUAUUCAACAGCUUUUUAUUGUGGAGGACAAAUUUCCGCCGGGGCCUGACACAGGAUGUUACUGAUAACACUGCUGGUCUUCCUGUGUGGCGUCAGAACUUCGGUCACAGAAAACAACACGGCUCAGCAGGGUCCUCCGCCGCUGCUGCUGGUGUCGUUCGAUGGCUUCCGAGCGGACUACCUGCAGAGGUUCCCCAUGCCGAACCUGAAGUUCCUGUACAGCCAGGGGGUGCUGGUGGAGCAGCUCAACAACGUCUUCAUCACCAAGACGUUUCCCAACCACUACAGCCUUGUGACCGGGCUGUACGCAGAGUCUCACGGUAUGCUGGCCAGUUACAUGUACGACCCCGUCAGCCACAAGCACUUCAACGCCAGCAACGGCACCGACCCGCUGUGGUGGAGCGAGGCGCAGCCCCUCUGGCUCACAGCGUUGGACUCCGGCUACAAAACGGCGGCCAUGAUGUGGCCCGGCUCUGACGUAACCAUCGGCAACCGCACAGCGACGCACUUCCAUCGCUACGACGCUAGUGUGACGUUCCAGCAACGACUGGGCAACGUGACGAAGUGGAUUCUCGGAGACGGAAAGGAGCCAGGAGUCAAGUUUGCAGCUCUCUACUGGGAGGAGCCGGACCGGUCAGGCCACAUAUUCGGUCCUGAAAACACCACUGCAAUGAGCAAAGUGCUGAAGGAGGUGGACGACAACAUCGGCCUGCUGAUUUCAGAGCUGAAUCGGACCGGCCUCUGGGGUCACAUCAACAUCAUGGUAACCAGUGACCACGGGAUGGCUCAGUGCUCGGCCGAUCGCCUCAUACGUUUGGACCACUGCCUCCAUCCCGACAACUACACAGUGGUGGACUUGUCACCUGUCGCCGCCAUCUUCCCACGUAACGAUGUGGAAGCCGUCUACGCCCUCUUGAAUAAGUGCCACCCUAAUAUGACAGCAUAUUUGAAAAAGGCCAUCCCUGAUAGGCUGCACUACAAGAACAACGAGCGCAUCCAGCAAAUCAUACUGAUCGCUGAUGAGGGCUGGACCAUCAUAAAGCAAGGGGACAAGCUGCCAAGAUUGGGCGAUCAUGGCUACGACAACUCCUUACCCAGCAUGCACCCCUUCCUAGCCGCGACUGGGCCCAGCUUCCGUCGGGAUUAUCGAAUGAGCAGUUUGCAGACCGUAGACAUCUACCCGCUCAUGUGCCACCUCCUGUCGGUGCCCCCAAAGCCCAACAACGGUACCCUCGCCCAGGCCCAGUGCAUGCUGGUUGCUAAGACCUGCUGGAAUGUUGCUCUGAUGAUCGGCCUGGUGGUGGGCGUCCUGCUCAUACUGAGUAUAAUCACUGUCCUCUUCAGCUUGCUGAAAUACCGCAACCCGUUACGCCCUCCCCGGCCCUUCCGGAGGCUACAGGUUGACUAUGACGAUGACGAUGAUCCUUUGCUGCAGUAAACCAGUGAAAACAGGUCACCACACACUAAUCAGUGCCUGUUUGUGCUCCGAUAGGUACUUGAUACGUUGCACUUUAAUCACGGAGGCUGUUGAUCCAGCUUUCACUCUGGUGUGUGUGUGUGUGUGUGUGUGUGUGUGUGUGUGUGUGUGUGUGUGUGUGUGUGUGUGUGUGUGUGUGUGUGUGUGUGUGUGUACGUUCAUGCAGUAGAAAGACCUGUUUUUCAAAAAGUUGUCAGGUCAAAACAAAUAUACUGAAUACUCUCCAUAAUAUGACUGCUGUGAGAAGAAAAUGUGACAAGAGGCCAGUAGAAUUUUGUGGAAUGUGAAUUAUUUUGAGGAAAUACUUUUUGGGAGGAUAAUAUUGAGAUUAAUUGUUUUAUUUUAUAUAUUUCUGCAGGAACUGUCUUUAUAAAAAUCUGUGUGUGUGUGUGUGCGCGUAUGGUUUACUUGCUUGGAUUGGUAGUGUUACUCUGUGUCAGCAGAGGGAGCCAGUCGCUCAUUUAAGAUUCCUAUCGUUUCAUGAAAGGGAAAAGCUUGAACUGAUUCUUACUGUAGUUGUAACUGAGUGUACAGUUACUGUUUUGCUUUAUUUGUUCAACUGAUAUUCAAGUAAUCUCAAUGCCACUUAAGUUCUCCUUUUAUUCCAUGUUCAGAAUUAAAAUCUGAAUGGAUAUAUUUUGACUUUUAAAUUAUAGCAUAAUAAUAACUCAAAUGCAAGAGAAAGAAAGAGAAAUGGUAUUGCUGUAAAUGCCAUGUAUCCAUUAUGUACUUGCAGUAUAAAAUAUACCAAGGACAAUUAUUAAAAUGCACACCAGGCGCUCCAAAGAGAGAUUCACCAUCUGAAAACAGAAAAUAUUUCAAAAUAAAAGCAAAGGAACGGUUAAUAUUAGCAUCAGGUAGUACAGCAACACACUGGAUUUGAAAAAUAGUACUAAAUUAAAGUAAUGAGUUGAAACCUGAUGCUGCUUUUCUUACUAUCAACAAAUCCCAUGAAAAGACCAAAGCCAACAAUGAGUGUAUCCCAUUAACUAUUAGUCUCACAGACGUUGUCGUGCUGUUUCACUAGAUUCAUCUGCAGCUGAAAGUAGUGCCCAGUAAAUGCACCAUUUUCUCCUGUGUGAGGAACAUUUGCUAACAACUACAGUGGCCGUCUGUUUGAGGAAGAUGUUUGUUUUUAAGAUUCAUGUGACCACCUACAGUGUAGAGGUGUGAGAAUGUAUUAAGAGAAGGUUGGUUUUUGGUCUUUUCAUGGGAUUUCAUGACAGUAAUUAUAAUUCAGUGCUGCCCUCAUGCUUCUCCAACCAAGUAUCUAGCGAUACAGUAUCUACACUGUGUGUGUGUGUAAAAGUGUGUGUGUGUAAAAGUGUGUUUCUUGCUGCUGAAACAAAUAAGGAGAAAGUCCAAUUGUUUGUCACGUUCUUCUUCUUCUGCAUACUGCAUUUUAUUAAACAUAAAUAUGUAAAGUUCCUUGUGAGGCCUUGAUAUAAUCACCACUGACAAAUGACUCACUCUAGUAGUGCUGUCCUUUCUGCUGCUUUUAAAAACUUCAGUUGUUUCAGGUCACAGUGAGCACAUUCACCUUUUUGGAUAGAAGUUUCACAGUUACUGAGCAUAUUUUAUUUAGAGAUUACAGUGUUCUUUGUUCACCCUCGCCUUAUUCUGUAAAACAAUCUAUUUUUGUGCCAUAAAGCAGUCGUAUAUAGUAUAAAAGUCAGUUGAGUGGUAUGAUGUGAAGCUACCAGUUUAAAGUCAUUGGUCUCAGUUUUAUGGUUAUCAUAUUUAUGUUUCUGAUGUUUAAAUGCUCCAUGUAAGCUGUAUCUUUGCACUCUGUAUGUGUGUGUUUGGUUCUUUUAAAAGUUACUGUUUUCUAGUUUUGCGAAGUAUAGUUUUGGUACUAUGCAAACCCUGUCUGGCCUGUAGAGAGAUUCCUGUGGUUUAAUGUUACUUGAAAAAAAGAAUAAAGUUGAUUUAAAUGUGA